AGCCAUUAUCGAUCUGAAAUUUCAUUGUGAAAACAACCUAGUUUUUUUUUCUCUUCUACUCCCCAAAACCAAAAGAAACAUCAAAUCAACGGGUUUUUUUUUUCAGUCAAGAUGAGCACCGUGGAUAUCAACGACGUGCCUCUCACGAGGAAAGAGGUCGUUGCGCGAUGCCGCAGCCUCGCCGCCACGGCGCUCGUCUCUCUUGCCACAGUGCGCCUGUUCUGCAAAAAUGGUGGGUUCGCGAAUGCGCUUCAGUUCCACCCCAUCGGCAUGAUGAUUGCCUUCGUGAUGGUGCUACCAGACGUCGCGACGAGCUUCAAGCGACUGCAAGUGAAAGCAAAAGCUUCCACACCCGUAACAAAAGACGUGGCAGAGCGGCAGCCACUUGACGCAGGCCUUCCGCGGGGGGAGGUGAUAUUGCGGCAUCAGCUCGCGGCUUUUGCAAUGGAGCUGGCAGCUGCCGGUGGCUUUGCCGCUAUCGAGUACGUGAAGAUCACCAACGGUUAUCCUCAUCUGAUGUCUCCGCAUGGUGUGGUGGGGGCCAUGUGCGGCUUUGCAAUUCUCUGUCAGAUGGUUCUCGGUACCCUGUUGCGCUACGUCCUCACUCGAGGUCAACCCUUUUACAAAACGGUGGUGGCCGCGCAUAAACUGACGUGCCUCACCAUUGUGGUGACAAGUCUGAUGGCUCUUGUUGGCGGUCUUCUCUCCACCUCCUACGCCGAGCUGAUGGUUCCGUCUUCGACUGUGCGCGCAACGAUUGCGCUUGCUUCUAUUUGCAUCGCCGUGGCAGGACUCGUCGUUUGA